CAUGCCGGCAACGUUAAGGGAUUAGUCAUAUUUUGAGUUUCUCCACGAUCGGUUGUGAUUGGAGCGAACAAUCGUAUUUCCGUGGUAAUUGGAAAGGCAACAUAGUUUUUUCUAUUAGUCAACAGCCGCUGUUAACAUUUGCACAUUUUACACAAACGUAGUUGCGGCCACUUAAACAUUGUGUUAACGUGAUAAAUGUUUUAGCGUUGGAGGGAAACAAUUUACACAAUAAUUAAUAAAAUUGUGAUGACUUGACAGAAACGCGGUCAUAAAGAUGAACAUUUAAUAAAAAAUUAAUAGAAAAAUCGUUAAAAAUAGCUAUAAUAUUCAUCUCAAAACAGGCAAAUAUAAAAAACUGUCUACAUACAUAGUAAGGUCUUUCACUACCCAACUCCACGAACUGUACAGAUCCGUCCAAAAUGUUAACCUUAGUUAUUAGCGCUUCCUCGCUUUUAUUAGUUUUCUGUGGCUUUUAUUUUGCCAAAACGUCCAAGGAGAUGCCGAAAAAUUGGUAUGAACUGAAAACGGAGAUACGCUAUCAAUAUAUCGGCAUAGUGGGCCUCAUACACGAUUUCAUGUAUCGAUCACGCGAUCGUGUUGCGCUUUAUAAACAACCUGGGCGGGUAGCUGUGAUUACGGGCGGCAACCGUGGCAUUGGACUUCGAGUUGCAGAGAAACUCUUGGCUUGUGAUAUAACUGUUAUAUUGGGUGUGCGUGAUCCCAAAAGCGCUGAAGCUGCAGUUACUUCCGUUGUUGAUCUUGCAUCGAGUGGUGGUAAGCUCAUAUGCGAAGCGCUUGACAUUGGUGACUUGACGUCUGUUAAGGAGUUUGCAGAUAAAGUUAAAGCGCAGUUCAAUAAAAUUGAUUUGCUAAUAAACAAUGCUGGCAUCAUGUUUGCACCCUUCAAGCUAACCGCUGAUGGCUAUGAAUCUCACUUCGCUACCAACUAUUUGGGCCACUUCCUCCUAACCCACCUGUUGAUGCCCGAACUGAAAGCUGCGGGUAAAGAAGGUCAGAAUUCGCGCAUCGUCAAUAUCUCUUCGUGUGCGCAUCUAAUUGGCCGCAUUAAUUAUAAAGACAUAAAUGGACUCAAAUUGUAUUAUCCCGGCACAGCAUAUAGUCAGUCAAAAUUGGCACAAGUACUCUCCACGCGCCAUUUACAAGCUAUACUAGACGCGGAAUCGGCGCAUGUUCAGGUUAAUGCUGUGCACCCGGGCAUUGUGGACACCGAUCUGUUUGAGCAUAGUGCCACCACGGCUGUGCCAUUCGUGAAAAAACUGGUAUUCAAAACACCUGAGCAGGGGUCACGCACAGUUGUCUUUGCUGCCAUCGAUGCGCAAGUCGAGGGCAGGGGUGGCAGCUAUCUAAGCAAUGGUGGACUCGGUCAAAUUCAUCGUGAUGCAAAGAAUCCGGAGAAAUGUGAGCAGUUAUUUAAAUUCUCAUGUGAAUUGUUGAAAAUUAAGGAUUUUGGUAGUGGAAAGAUUUGAUGUGGAAAUGUUUUACCAAAACAGCGCGCUUAAGCCACCGGAUUUGCAUUAAUCAAUUAUCGCACAUAUUCCAAUAUUUCUAAGCCGUCAGAUUGAAAUAUAUUACGUGUAUAUUUAAAGAAAUUCAAAAUCAAAACAUUUGAAUUUGCUUUUGUACUUUUCUCCAUAAAAAAAAGAACAAAAUAAUUCAAAUAAUUAAUUUCCAAUUCGCAAAUGUUAUAUUUAGAAUGGAAUUUUAUAUAAAAAUCAGUUAUUGAAUUUCCCACUUAUAAGCAAAUAGUCAUAUCAUUAAAAAAGCUUUGCUAUUAUAUAAUACAAAUACAAUACUGAUAUACUCGUACAUACUUACACAAACCAUACAUAAAAUAAUUUGUAUUA